GCGCGGCCGGCUGCCGCGGACUGGCGCGCUCCUCGACACGCCUCCGCCCCCGCCCCCGCCGCCUCUGCCGCUGCUCCCGAGCACAGCGACGACGACGGCGACGACGACGACGAGCACAGCGGCGCCCACGACGCCCACGCCCCCGCGCACGACGACGGCGACGACUUCUCGCUGACGCGCUUCCUCGGCUCGGAGCAGCAGCUGCUGCAGUGGCAGGCCGAGGGGCUGCCCUCGGACCAGCUGUCGCUGCAGAACGCCCUCAUCAUCCUCAAGAUUUCGUGCCUGGAAGCAGGGAGCUGCCUGCGGCCGCUGCUGGUGGACCCGUCGUCGCUGGCGUCGGAGUGGCUGAAGCGCCACCUGCAGCAUCUGCAGCUGGAGGUGGUGUCACAGCACAGCCCGCGCUUCCCUACGGCGCUGGAGCUGGCCAUCCGCUUCGGCAAGGCGCUCAUCGUGCAGGAGGUGGACGCCAUCGACCCCAUCCUCUUCCCGGUGCUGCGCGGGGACUUCAUCACGCAAGGUCACUCACUCUCUCUAGCACUCUUUCUUCAACUUAUCUACUACUGGGGACCCCGGAAAGUGGUUCAACUGGGAGACAAACUGAUUGAUUACAAUGACGGUUUCCAACUGUUCAUAACUACACGUAAUCCAGAACCCGGUCUCUCUCCUGAUUCAGCUGCAAUUGUCACUUGCGUCAACUUCACAACCACGUGGGCAGGCCUCACUGGUCAGCUGCUGGCGGCGGCGCUGCGGCAGGAGAGGCCCGAGCUGGAGGAGCGGCGGCGGCAGCUGCUGCAGCGCGAGGACGAGCUGCGCAUGCGCCUGGACGCGCUGCAGGAGGCGCUGCUGCAGGAGCUGGCCGGCGCGCAGGGCGACAUCCUGGCGAACGCGGAGCUGCUGGCGUCGCUGAACCGCGCC